CAGUUUCGCAAUCACCUGCUGAUCUUGUCUUCCUCCCCGGGUGAAUGCCAAUCCCCUCCGGUUGUUCUAUAAAUGCAGAGAGGGAGCCAUUGCAAUUCGCAAGGCAUCUGGCCAUCGGCGAACCAGCCAAAGAUCACCGAGCUCUCAAGAUCAUCUCCGGAGUGCAGGAAGCAUGGCCGACGACCAGCAGCCACCGGCGCAGCGGUACUGGUUCCCGUACUGGACCGCGCCCCCGCAGCCGCCGCCGCCCGUGCCCGCUCCUCGGCCGGCGGUCCGCCCGCAGCUAUCGAGGCGGGACACUCGCCCGGCGCCCCCGACGUCGUCGCCUCCUGUAACGCCAUCCCCGUCGCGGCGGCAGUCGCACCCUCAGCCGGCAACGACGCCGGCAUCCAGAGGCGCUGGUGGUGCCCCUUCUCCGCCGGCUCAGCCGCAGUCGACGCGGCUGUCGAGCAGGCCGUCCCCGUCCCCGUCCCCGGCCCGCGCGCCGCCGCUCUCGCCCAUCAGAGAGCCCAACGCUAGUGCAGCUCCGGCGCCAGUUCCGGUACUGGUUGCCAAGGAGUCCAAGCCAGCUGCCACUCCCCAUCCAACUGCCCAUGAAGUUCCCAAGCAAAAAGACAUCAUCAUCCCGCAGGAGAAAACCAUCCGUGAACCGCCUGCAGAUUCCAAACACAGCAAGGCAGUAGAGAAGGAGAAGGAGGAGAGGGAGAGGGAAAAAGACAAACAAAAGAAGGAGGAAGACAAAGAGAAGAAGAAAAAGGAGGAGGAGAAAGAAAAGGAGGAGAAGAAGAAGGAGCACAAGGAGAAGGAGAAAGAAAAAGUGCAGGACAAGAAGAAGAAGGAGCACAAGGAGAAAAAAGAGAAGGAUAAAGAAGAGAUCAAAAGCAAAGAGGCAGCCGGCGAGCACGGCCACGGCAGCAAGCUACAUAAGGAGCUCAAGUCGGGCGUCGCGGACAUGGUGCACAAGCUGAGUGCCUCGGCGCCAUCGUCCGGCGGCGGCCACGGGCGCCCUACCCCGGCCGCGGCAGGGACGACGGUCAUCACGCUGGCCGGCGAGAACAAGGGCGCGUCCAUGAAGAUAGACGGCACUACCGUGGCCGACGGCAAGGCGGACUCGGCGUCCGGGAAGGAGCGCCGCGGCCACAAGCUCAACGGCAGCGUUGCUGGCGGGAAGGAGCGAGCCGGGAGCAAGGGGCCGACGGCGUUCGUCAACAGCAACGUGCAGGUGAUCAACAACUCGCUGCUGCUGCAGAGCUCCUGCAACGGCGGCGACCCGGGGGUGCACCUCAAGCUGGCCACCAAGUCCAAGAAGAAGGGGGACGGCCGCGAGGAAGCCGGAGGCAAGAGUGGCUCUGCUGCUGCGCCGAAGAAAUGAUCUAGCUCCACUCCUCCAUCCAUCGGCCGCCCAAGGCUAUCACGAUCAGUGAUCAAUUGGCCAAAUCAACCAUCGAUGUGCAUGCAGGCCGAGUGUUCAAGCCUGCAUAGCUCUGAUCGUUAUGUAUUAAUCUGAAAACCUAGGCAAAAUAAUAAUUAAGACACCGAUGGGAAAAAAAGCAUUACUGCGAUUCGCAAGGUAAACUUUGACCCAAAUGUAAAUCAAGGUUCUAAAUCUCCUGCUAUAGCUGAAACGAACCGGAUUCCCAAAUCGAGGAAUCCGACUCCCUGUAUCAUUGUGAUAGUUCCUGAAUCAAGCGCUAUCACAUACAGAACUCAUUCCAGGCA